AAAUGGAAAAAAAAAAAAACUAAAAUAAGAGAAAAGAGAGAGAGAGAGAGAGAGAGAGAGAAAAAGAAAAAGAGUAAAACUAUAACCAGUUGUUCGCUGGAAAUGGGAUUGCCAUAACACAAGAAAACAAAUAACCUAUAAUAAGCAACCUUCUGGGUAAAGGGGGGGGGGGUGUUAGAGAUCACCAAUCACCACACCCAUCAAUGGAGAAUUCAUCAAGGUUAGUACAAGACAACAAGAACUUGAACUUCCCAUCAUCCUCAUCUUCAUCAUCUCCUUUAAACUCCCCACAUAGCAAUGGAACCAACCACAACAACAGCAAUGGGGGUGUCCAAAUUCCCACCCCACCUUUAACUCCAAUCCCCAUCUCCAGAUCUGAGACCAACCCUUACCCAACAACCUUUGUCCAAGCUGACACAACUACUUUUAAACAGGUUGUCCAAAUGCUCACUGGUUCAUCCGAAACUGCUAAACAAGCCUCCUCUAAGCCUCCAACACAACAUCAUCAUCAUCAUCAUCAUCAACAAGAUCCAGCACUCCCAUCAAAAUCAUCUUUUCCUAUACCUCCCAUGAAAACCAACUCCCCCAAGAAGCAAAAUUUCAAGCUUUAUGAGAGAAGAAACAGUAACCUGAAGAACAACCUCAUGAUCAACACUUUCCUUCCUUCUAACAACGGUGGAGGUGGUGGUGCUUUUUAUUCGCCGAGGAAUGCAGAGAUCUUGUCUCCAAGCUUGCUUGACUUCCCAAAGCUAGCACUUAGCCCGGUUACACCAUUAAAUGAAGACCCUUUCAACAAGUCUUCACCUUCUUUAGGGAAUUCAUCUGAGGAAGAGAAAGCUAUAGCUGAGAAAGGCUUUUACUUGCAUCCAUCACCUAUGUCAACACCUAGAGAUACUGAGCCUCAGCUUUUACCACUUUUUCCUGUUACUUCACCAAGAGUUUCAGGCUCUUCUUAAACAUAUGUUAGUUUGAGAGUGAUUUGUCAAGUGGGUUUUGGCUGAAAUUUGAGUGAUAAAAAAAAAAAAAAGGAAGUUAAGAAGAUCUUUCUUCAAUUGUAUGAUUUGGUCUCCCUUUGAUUAUGGUAAAGCUCUUCUUUUUA